GUUGCAUCGUCGCGUCGCGUCGCGUCGUCGUCGGGACAGCGCGCAGGUACAAACAGACGCAUUCCGCGAACUGCGUUCUUUCUAAUAUUCCUGACCGCCUCCGCGCGCGCGCGCGCGCGCGUACUGCUCACCUGCUGUCCACUACCUGCGAGUUUUCCAGGUCGCCUCGAGCGCGACGCGAGCGCGCGCGCACGCGUGUGUGAGCGUCCCCGUGAGUGUGUGUGGUUUCUCUUUUUUUAUGCAUGACUGCUCGCGCGCACAGGGGCGUCAGGCAGCGUCGAACAACGCAGCAGCAGCAGCAGCAGCAGCAACAGUGGACGCGGACGACAGGUACGGACACACGGAGGACACCGCAUCGCCGCUGUCGUCGUCGUCGUCGUCAUCAUCGUCGGCCGCCGCGUCGACUAACGGAGUGGUCGCGCGCGUCCAGCGAGACGUCUAGUACGACGUGCGCGCCUCCACGGAGAGAGAGAGAGAGAGAGAGAGAGAGAGAGAGCGCGCGCGCCAAAAAGUAGUCCCCCGCGAGACGCACGUCCGCGUGUCUUUCCGAACGCGGGUUUUUUCGAACGAGUGCGUGGGACGCGAGUCGCGGCUGAGGUAUAUCGCGGCGCGAAGGUGGCGGCAGUGGCGGCGACAAUAUUCGCGGGCGAUUCAAGUCGCGCGCGACGACCCAUAUACACGGUGACACGCUGACACGGGCGAAAGUGAGCGGAUCGGCGCGGCGGAGCCGGGGGCAGGGGAGGAUCGGAGGUACCGGGAAAAAGAGGGAGAGAGCCGGUUACGAGAACGAUACGCUGCCGCGGAAAAGAGCGGGAAAAUUGAGCCGCGCGUUUCCGUCCCGGCGCGUCUUACGACGCGUGAGAGAAGCGUCGUAGAAAAAUGCCGCGGCAGUGAGCGAGGCGAACGGGCGAGCGAGCGAGCGAGCGAGUGGAGUGCACGGAGUGUAGUCGCGGAACGUUGCGAAACUCCCGGUCGGGUCUGGCGCUGAGACGUGGCACGAAAUGAAGCGAGCGUAUCCGCGCGCGAUCGAUAACUAUAGCGGCAGUAUAGUCGACUCGGAGCGGCGGAUAGGUAGGUGUAGGUAGGCAGCCGGGCUCGCCAUCGAAGCCGACUCGUUCGACAUCGACGAGCACGAGCACGAUCACGCCGACGACGACGACGACGACGAUGUAGAGAGAAAGUCGCGCGGCGUUUUUGUGCGCGAGACGGAGAAAAGGAGAGUUCGCGAGCGACGGAGAGCCGAGAGACGCGGAUAGAAAGACGGAGGAGGAGGAGAAGGAGGAAACGUGCGUACGAGAGUGCGACGGCCAGCAGCGCGAGUGGAAAGCGAUUUUCCAUGACCGCGUGGACAAUAGAGCGGCGAUUCCGGUGAGCGUGGCUUGGAUCGAUCGGUCGGACCAAUGAUCGAUCUAGCGCGCAUCGCGCACCGGUGUAACCGUCCGUCUGUCUACCCGUCCCUUUUUAUCUGACGAGACGAGCCCUAGGAGCGAGCGAGACCGAAGACGAAACGUUCGGAGCGGAACGCAGACGGAAAGGAUAAAGAGCGAAAGGGAGAGACAAACGGAAGAAGGCUGAAAGGAGGAAGAGCGAAAGGAAAAAAACAAGAGUCAAGAGAAGCAGGAGAGGGAGAGAGAGAGAGAGAGAGAGAGAGGGGGGAGGAAGAAAGAGAGAGAGGAGAGAAAGAGAGAAAGAGAAGAUACCUUAUUUUUAGCAGCGGCGUUUUACGCACCACAAAAACCGGUUCCCGGAGAACACGCCGCUGGAGUACGGAGGGAGCCGAUAGCCUCCGCGAGAAAAAGGUUUUCGAAGGAGGAAGAUAUAAUACGUAUACAGAUAAUAAAAGCGUUCGUCCUUGUCGCGGUGGAGGCGGAGGUAGCCGCGUGGAGGAGAGAGCGGGGGAGAAGGAAGAUAAAUUUAUAUUUACCGCACUGGGUGCGCGAAAAUCUUACUCGAGCGCGGCUGUGGGGAAUUGGAUGAAACGAAAAGUGAGCGCCCAAUAAGGAGCAUCGACGAGGUUCAUCACACAUGCAUGCACACGCACACACGCAGGUGGUGCAGGUGAGGAGGAGGAAGAGGGACGGGAAAGAGGAAACAGUGACACGGAACGUGGAAUCCACCUAACCCGAUACGCGCUUCUCCUCCACCCCGCCGCAUCUUGUCUGCUUGUCCCUACUCCUCUCCCCCCCCCCUCGUCCGUCGUCGGUCGCAACCGCCACUCGCGCACCUUUUCGCUCUCUCUCUCUCUCUCUCUUUCUCGAGGCUCGCUCGGCUAUCGAUUGCACGCGUGUAUACGCGACAACGCGGCCACGAGAUUCGAUUAUCGACCGCGACGACGACGACGACGACGACGACGACGACGGCGGCGGCGGCGGCGGUGACGGCGAAGACGGCACGCCACGUGACUUUGGAAUCCAAAGGAGCGUCCUGACACCAGCUGGUACCAUCAAAACCGCACCGGGUUUCCGGUCAGAGUCAAGGACACGCGCGCGACGAGUCAAAGCUCGCGGCGAUCGAGCCAUCGGGAGCUUUCGCGCUUUGACGAUCGGCCGUUCUCCGAGUACCGAGAUGCGUUCGCACCAUGCUAGUCUGUGAUCAUCCGACGAGGGAAGUUGCAGGAAGGUAUUGAGAGCCAGGCGACAGCGGAGCACUUGCUUCCCUACUCGACGGAGCGAUCGAGCCGGCUUGAGUCUUGAUCGACACCCGACGGUAACCGCGUUAUCGAGCCGCGCCGAUGCUCGGAGCGCGUCAUUUCCGGUCACACCGUACACGCCGCAGUGGUGAAAUUGAAUCGACGCGCGACAGAUUGAUCCCCGAAUCGCUCAUCGGCCUACGCGCAGUCUCCGUGGAUCUCCGUCCACCAAUCGUCAAGUGGACCCGAAGCGUCUGGAGACUCGUCGUCGCUCGACGACGACGACGACGACGACGACGACGUCUCGUCGCUGUUAUCGAAGCGGAUCGUCCUGCAGCGGCCGUCGCCGCUGCGACUUAUCGAUCCGCGAUCUACGAGGACGAGCGAGUACCGUUGAGAAAGCUCGCGCCGGCCGAUUGCAGUCGGCUCGCGGCGACCGAUGCGCGCGAGGCCGACGGCGGCCCGGGGAGCUGCUGGGACACGAACGGCAUGAAGAAUGGCAACCGAUCCGAGCGUUCGUCAGGGCGUGAGGGCGGUCGCGACCACGACUACCGACCCGCAGCGCAACGAGAAACGCGCCCUCGCGGCGCGGGGCGCCGCUGGCGCGCUCGCCCUGAGCGUCCUGGCUCUGGUGGUGCAGGCGGCGGCGACCGCGACUCCCACCUGGGGAUACUACAGCAAUGAUCAUAACGCUGGCUCUGCCAUAGAGACCGGUUACUUCGGGCCAUGGAGACAGUGCAAGAUCCUUCUUUACGAUCGAGAGAGGUGCGGCCGAAGUUUCUCCAGGUUUCAGCCAGUCUUGGCUGUGUGGGUGGCGGGAUUAGCCGCUGCCGGCGCUUCUGCCCUUUUGGCGAUUCUGGUCGCUCUGGCUGUGCUUCAAUUAGCGAUGGCCUCCUCUGCAAAGCGAGUUGUAAUCUCGUACAGCACCGCCGUAAUAGGCAAAGUCGCCCUGGCAACGUUGUCGACGGCGUUGUCAAUCGUGGCGGAGAGCCUCUUCGCUCUGCAAACGGAUGACCGAGCCAACAGCUACGUCGUCACGAGAGGAGAGGCUUUUUAUAUGCAGUUGGCUGCCAUUGUCCUGAACUUCGGCGUGCUGGUGUCCUCCAUUUACGAGGGCAUUUAUGCCCGAAGAGGCGGCGACCCGACCAAGAUUAGGGUCGUUACGGAUCCCCGUGCAGCUACUAUAAAUAAUCCAGGAUAUCGGGAGCAUCACCAACCCACGAACGGUGGUACGAUCUCGAUGACGGACGCCAGCGGCAAGCCCUACGUCGGCGGAGCCGGGAACGGAUCGAUGGCGUCGGUGGCGACUUCCGGCAGCGUGGCCAGCACGGCCUCGCCCCUCAGGAGUUCCCUGAAGAAGCCGAAGACCCUCGGGAUUCACAAUCCCGGCUUCUCGGCCCACAGUCCGACCCUGUCCAGGAACGGCUCCCAGAAGAAAGUUCGUAUACAAACGCACUCGACGGAGGUUUAGCGACGCUCCUCGGCUUCUCGGCUGAGCGACCGUGGCCAAGUGUGCGCACGACGACGGCGGCGUCGUCGAUGAUCUCGUCGGCGACCGUUUGAGAAAGAUCGGCAAUGACGACGACGACGACGACGACCACGAUGACGAGAUAAAGUUCCGAAUUCGUUCCACGUGGCACGUUUCAUCAAUGGUAGGUGGUCUUCGAUACCGUAGUCGUUAUUUUGACGGAAGCUCCUCAUCGAGGGCGAUCCGAGGCCAUCGCGCUCCCGACGACUCCCCGGAACACUUGGACGUUGCUUGUGAUUCCGGCGAUGGGACCGCUAAUGAGUCCCGAGGGUCGCCAAGUCGCCCGCGACAUUUGAAAUGUCAUUAAUUGAGAGAGCGUGUAAAUAACGUCGAUCCCCGCCGCGGCGGGUUCGGCUUAAUCGCCCAUCGUCCUUGGGAACUACCUGAGUGUAAGUAUCAAACGAAUUUACGUGAGACGCGCGAUCGAUCAGGACGACUGUGUUAAGUAUUAGGUCACUUUUUCCCUUCGACUUUUCUACGAUACCUUUACACGACGUGAGAGCAUCAGCAGGAGACGGCCGGUGGACUACAAAGGCGGAAGAAUGAGAUGGCGGCAGCGAGUGGAAAUCGCGAGCCACUGGAAGAAACGAAAGGGGUCGAGUGUCGCAAUCGGAAAGCAUGUCAAGGGACAAAAAGCAUCGGACAAAAAGUCUCGUCCCGAUGUGUCGUAAGUUUUUAGAAGCGAAAAUGAAAGAUGAAUUUUUUUGAGCGAAGAUCGACUCCGUUUAACCGAACGAACAGAGUUUCAAGCGAGGAUUUAGUGGAGAGGUGAAUAUAUGAGACUCCUAUUAUGCAUCCAGCCGAGGCACUUUGUAGAACAAAUGUUAUUUCGCACAGCACACGCGUCGUUCUAUUCUUCCGUCUUGCCGGUCGCGAAGCGGCAAAAAGAAGAACUGAUAACGACGAUAAAGACGAAAAAUAGACUUGCGGUUGAUCGUCGAGAAUUCGUGCAUUCUCCGUGAAAGUAAGUCCGCGCAAAGAGGUACGAGCGAUUUGAAAAAUUCAUCACACACGCGAUUUAAAGUACGAUCACGAAUCCGAUCUCGAUCUUUUAUUUGGCAUCCUUUGCUCACUUACUUCUGUCGGGGGAUUUCUCAAACACGUGCCGGGAAUUUCCAAGCGGAAGUCUCAAAUUUCAAGCGUGUCCGGCAAGCGUGAAAAAUAUCGAAAAGAGGACGAAAUUCCGCGGAAAUCUCGCUCUUGCGGUGCGAUACCGUGCGAUGAUCGUUUCAGUCGCGCUCGAUCGGAGAAGCAUCACGAGAUUACGUAACCGUAUUCGAUUUACAGACAGAUGACCCGUGCUAUCGCCGUUUAGUUAAGCGCGCGCGCUGCAGUGUCGGAGUUUAAUCAAGCCGGAAAUUUCGCAGCACGAUCUUUACGUUUGUUAUAUUAUACGCGGAGAAUCGAUAUGAGAUUGUUACAGUUAUACGUUCCCCACCGUUGCUAGGUAUCGUCCACUUAAGUCUCGAAAAGUCCCGCUCUUAAUAACGAUAAUUCCACGAGAUAUUUUGAACUUCUUGAUCGCGCGAGAGAGAGAGAGAGAGAGAGAGGGAGCGCGAGACACUGCAAUAUGUAUAGAUUUUUACGCAGACACGGCAAUAUACCGUUACCGAAUUUAAUAAUUGUCACCGAAAAGACUUCACCCGACUAUCCUGUAAAUAUCGGUGUUGUAACGACACAUUAUUAUUAUUAUUAUUGUUACUAUUAUUAUUAUUAUUAUUAUUAGUAUUACUAUUUUUACUAUUACCAUUACCGUUAUUAUUAUAAUUAUUAUUAUUAUUGCUGUUGUUGUUGUUUAGAACUAUCAACAAUUUUCCGUCCGCGAUCAAGUACUUCUUAACGUUUAAUAUUAUCGCUCAUUUUUACCGUAAUGGCAACGGCGACGAUAUACGUAGGAAUGAUUGCCCUUUGAAAGUUGCACGAUCGAAGAGUGAGUCGCAUAAUAUAAUUUGAUUCUACAAAGAAACGUUCAUUUUCGAUUGACUGUUAGAAAUCGCUACACCGAUAUGUGAAUAUUGGUUAACGCUAAUCACACAAUCAAUUAAGCCACAGUCAAUUGUGGCACCGCGUUAUGAAUUUGGCUUUAAUGUAUAGACAGAGAGUUAUUUAAAUACUUAAUUUGAGAGCAUCGACUAAGCUGACAGUUGUCGAAAAUGCAAGUCGAGAUUUAUAUAUAUACACGCGUGUAUGCAAAAAAAAUAUAUAUAUAUAUUACGUAGAAUAAAUAACCCCCUAGGAAGACCGAUCGUCGAUUAUUAUCGUUCGGCAUAACGGAUUGCCGUGAAAGUCGCAGGAUACGUGAUACGUUUUUUCUUUCCCGCUUUUCCCCUUCUUUCUCCGUGUUUCCUCGCCUUACGUUAUUAACUUUGGUAGUAAUCACUCGCCACUCCUCCGCCGCGAAAGAAGGAGAGGAAGGUGAACUCACAUUAUUGCAUCACAUCCGUCCAGCCCUACGUAGGCAGCUAGCCGUGAAACGGCGAAAAAGUAAAAAAGAGAGAGAUAUAUAUAUAUAUAUAUGUACGAAUAUAAAUAUAUAAAUAUAUUUAUAUUUUAUAGUGGUUGUUUUAAUAUAAUAUAUAUAUGGACAAAAGAGAGAAAGAUAUAUAUGCAUAUAUAUAUACAUAUAUAUUUACAUAUAUAUAUAUAUAUGUAAAUAAAUCUGCAUAUACGUUUACUUGAGCGCGCGAGCCGGAAGUUUAUCCCUCGCGUGACUUGUCUCGAGCAGAUCGCGACGCGCUCCUCCCCCUCCCCAUCCUCACAUCUCCCAACCCCCAAAUAGUAUUAUAUUUUAGCGCUUGUACGAUUCUCUUCUGUCGUGAUGUAUUGUUGUGUCCGCGGCACUGUAUCGCGUGUUUCCUCGAUUCCCAUAAGGACAUUUUUGACGCUGUUCCGAGCCGAAACCUCGUUGAAACGUUCUCUUGCCGCGAAUCCCGAUCCAAAAUUUCGAGACGGGGUCCAACAUCGAGCUACUUUUUCCUGGACGACCGUCGUCUCGACGUUCGCGCACCGGAGGGAGGGAGUUUACUCUCGAAAUUUAACGUAUUGUUAUUACUGUCCACACGCGGUAAUCGCGGACGCGGAAUUAAUCAAACGUAGGGAUUAAGUCUAUGAAGUUCGCGUUUUGGCAAAGGCAAACACAGUGAGAUCGCAAUCGCGACUCCUUAAUUGUUAAAAUGUUCAAUAAGCUCUUCUGUUGAGGAGCCUCCGCGUGAGCGUCACGAUGAUUUAUUUCCGUCUGUACAUCUGGUCGUAAGACGGUUUAGACGCAGUGAAACCGAGAGCGCAACAAAUUGUCACGAUCGAGAGCCGUUAUUGACAGGCUCCGGCGGUAACAGCAGCCUUUAACAGCAGCCGAAAUGGCAGUGAGCGGUGUAAAUGCUGGUCCUUCGUUGUUCUUAUUACAGCUAUUUUCUCUCUGAUAUUUCUUAUACUCUCUUCUCCGGUAAACAAGUACGCAAUAAAAAUACUCGUGUCCUUUUCUGAAGCCUCCAUUGCAGUCGUGACGUCGGAAGUGUCGUCAUCGCUGUCACUUCGGCUUCUAAGUUGGUGCAAAGAUAAUUGCGGUUCUUACGUACCGAGUAUAAAGACGCAUGUAUCAGUUAAAAAUUAUAUUUAUUAAUCAGAAUAAAUUCCUGAAUAGAAAAAUUAAUAAGGCUCUAGUAAGGGCCUGAUUAUUUUUCCCUAACAUUAAUCGGGCCCUGUAGGGAUAGAAAGACAAGGGCCUUACAAGAUGUGUAACAAAUGGUUUAACGGGUCCUUAUAAGGAAAUAUUAUGAGGGCCUUACAAAGCAAUAGUUUAAUAGGGCCUUAUAAAGAAAUAUUUUUAUUAUUGCUUGAAUAAAAUUAUUCGUUCUUUUCAUUCCAGAAAAUUUAGACUGUAAUUUCUUUAUUUCUUUAUAACUUUGUUAGUAUACGAGAAUUUUUUAUUUUAAAAAUAUAGCAUAUUUUAUAGUAAAAUAUAGCAUGUUUUACACGUAAAACCCCUGCCACUGUUUUUAUUAAAGUUUGUUGCAUUUCAAGACGAAGACAAUACUAGAAAAGUCCUUGGAAGAGACUAAUAAAUAUGGCAACUAAUAAAACUAAUGAAAUUUGUUUUUAAUUGCGGUAUAAUUAAAAAACCAGACAGAGUAUGGCUAUUAAAACAAUACUAAACUAUGACAAUUUUAUUACACGCUUCAGAUCUUAUUAAUUUUCUAUAACAAAACUUGAUUUUAUAUAUCUAAAACAUCCUUCAAAGGUUCUUCUCGAGGCCUGAUAUAGUAAUAAUGAGGGGAUCCUAUCUUUAGCCCUAUUGGGGUCUUAUGCUUCAUGAUGAUCUUAACAAUUUUUUGCUCGAGUUGGCUUACACACAUUUCUCCCAACGGGAAACAAGUUUAUUUAUUCCUACAAGAUAGAAUUCUGAAGAAGAUAACUAGAAGGUAACUAGCAAAAUCAGCGGCAAACUUAAAAUGAUCAAAGCCGCGAUUGUUUCUGCACCAACCUAAUAGCUCUUGAUCUUGGUAGUUUGAUGAGCAUCCCGCUGUCUUGCGUCUGAACCAAGUUUCACAUCCAAGUAGUGCACCUUGUCGCAAAUGUAUAACGCAAUAAUGGGCGAAAGUUGCCGCAGCGAGGGUAAUUUUGCGCCGAAGUAAAGACGAGCUUACGAAGCGACGAACAGGGAAUCACCUAUAUACUUGCCCGAGACUGACAACGAUGAUACCGCCUUUUCAAGAAUGUACCUCUUAAUUAGGUUAAUCGCACAUGGCAGCGGGGUAUCGUUCGUAUCGCCUGACUUGGCAGGCAAGUCCGUCGACGUCGUAGACGGAACGAAAAGUAUGCAUUUCCAAUGAUUAUCGGAAGACUUUCGGAUUCCCAGCGUCGAGUCGAGAUAGUUUAACGGACCCAUGAGAGAGCCAAGAUGUACUUUGCGUAACGUUAAUCGCAAACUUUGCGUUUACAAGCACAGGCUUUGCAGUUGACGAAGAGCCGAAGUGUAGGACAGCCGUCAAACGUUCGUCUUUUACGUCUGCGCGAAAUUAUCGUUACGCUAAUGCGUCCUCCCCCCCAUCCCACCCUAUCUCACUGAACACUGAAAACAUUACGAUACACCUCGUUCCUUCGUUCUACUGUUCACACGAGUUGACACGUUAACACGCGGACUGCCACGGCGCACAGUGGGAACAAAUAGAAAUUUACUGUUCAAAAAUCGCUGGAGACCACAAUUUUAUAACAAUCGGGAUGCGUUCUUUUUAAACAUUAAUCAAUGUAAAAAAAAACUGUCGAACCCGAUUUUUGAAAACAUUCUUUUAAAUUUUGCGGUAUUAAAAAGAAUUUAUAAGAAAUUAUCAAGUUUUGCGAACCUCUGUUACAAAUGGAAAAACUUUUCAUCUUUUCGCUGCGCAGUACAGUGUACUAAGGUUCUCAGCAACGCUGGAUUACGAAUGUGGUAUAAAAAUCAGAAUUUGACAGUUAACAAUUGCUAAUCUCCUGUCAACAUAAACAAAAUCAUUGUUUUAACACAGUACAUACAUAUGUAUAUACGUUGCAAUAGAAUAUGCAAAGCCGUUCAAUAUAAAUGUGAAGUCUGACAUGAAGUAUGAUAAAGAUAACAAAUUCAGCGGAAAAAAGUUGCAAAAUAAUUUCUUUAUAACAGAGUUGUUCUCACGAGAACCAAAUAUGUAGCUUUGAUCUAGAUGUUUUCAAAUCAUCAAGCAUCAGGUUUUCAAAUCAUUUUUUAAAUACAUUGUUUAAGCAAUUUUGUUACAUUUUUACAUUAUUGAUAAUUUCUUACAAAUUCUUUUUAAUACUGCAAAAUUUAAGAGAAUGUUGUCAAAAAUCGGGCUCGACAGUUUUUUUCCACAUUGAUCAACGUUUAAUUAAAAAAAAAAAACGCAUCCCGAUUGCUAUAAAAUUGUGGUCUCUAGCGACUUUUGAACAGUAAAUUUCUAUUUGUUCCCACUGUGCGACGGCGUCUCGACGGCGCGAUCGGCGCUGUCGCUAAUUUACAUAUCGAACAUGCAAGACGUAAGACGCGAGCAAGCGCGAAUAACGGAAAAAUUAAAUUACACGCAGCCGACAGAAGGAGAAAAUGUGCGAUUAUUUAGUACGUCUUCGGUGAAUUGAAACUCGAGCUGAGCGUCGAAGCGGUCAGCGAAAAUCAGCGCUUCAGCAGUCCAGCGUAUUGACGGCCAACUUGUACGGAUUUCUCGAGUCGACCGACCAUGUAAUCGUGUACAUACCUGUCUACCUAGCUACCUAGCCAACCACACACGAAUAUUCGACGUUCCGAGAUCCGAGAGCCGAAAUGUAAUAACUUGUCACACCCGCACCCGUCUCUACUUGUUAAGUCGGCUGUUUUUGUAAAUUUCGUACCACACUCGAUGAUAUUAUCGACGACGACCGUGAUGUAAGCGUCCGUCCAAGACGGGCGCGUGAGAUAUUGAAUAAUAAAUGAGUUUCAAUAAAA